UACAGAUUUUCUCGCGAGAGUUGCCCACUAGAAAUGGUGAAGCGACCUGAGGGAAUUUUUAGUUUGCUUUGCAGCGAGAGGACAGCAUCGUACAACAGAAAUUACACUUGCUGUGAGGUCGGAAGCUUUUUUAAAAAACCGGUUAUAGGCAGGAAUUCAGUGUGUAAACGGGAAUAUAUGUAAACUCCAGUAAAGCGCUUUGAUGUGAACAUGGGCGGCGCUUUCCGUCUGCGCUCGUCUAGAGGAGAGAAAACGCGUCCAUAUGGGGGGAGAGAGGAGAGAGCUCGGGGGGGUUUCAUGCACACUCAGGAAAUAAGUCGACUGCAUGCAUGAAUCCGUCUUCACUGCUAGAGGAUUAUUGAGCGAUUGCGGCAAACACACCCAGAUUCCUAUGAAAUCUCCACUCCGUCUUUUGGCAAAAUAUCACCGGGAUGCGGCGGAGCAUCCCGGGGCUAGGCAGUGCAUGAGCCCGGGCAGCGAGCCUCUCCUCCUGGGCUGGAGAAGGGCCAGCAAGUCGGCGCAAGCUCGGCUGCUGAAAUAAUUUUAAAAAAGGGAUUGUUAUAAGGGGAACAGCUGAUCUUUUUACCUGCGGUUGAACAGCAUGUGCGGACUAAUCGUGAAUCAGACCGACCCCAUCACCGCAGCGAUGGCCGGGGUGAUGAUGGGGCACUGGGGACUUUUUGAACGUCCCGUUUCCCUUUAAAGAAAAGAAGGUUGACAUAGAGGCACAAAGACGCUCCGACCUCCAACCUGUGUCCACAGACAUGGAUAAACUCACCGUGAUAUCAGGAUGUCUCUUCCUCGCUGCAGACAUCUUCGCCAUCGCCAGCAUCGUCAACCCGGACUGGAUCAACACUGGAGAAUCAGCUGGCUCUCUGACUGUAGGCUUGGUCCGGCAGUGCCAGACUAUUCACGGCCGAGAACGGACCUGCAUACCCCCGCAGCUGCCCCCAGAGUGGAUCACCACGCUCUUCUUCAUUAUUCUGGGCAUCAUCUCCCUCACUGUCACUUGUGGUCUGCUGGUGAUGUCACACUGGCGCCGCGAGGCCACCCGAUACGCCCGAUGGAUCGCCUUCACAGGGAUGGUCCUGUUCUGUAUGGCUGCUCUCAUAUUCCCAAUCGGCUUCUACAUCAAUGAGGUUGGAGGACAGCCGUAUAAGCUGCCCAACAACACAGUGGUGGGCUCUUCCUAUGUACUCUUCGUUCUGUCCAUAUUCUUCACCAUAGUAGGACUGCUGUUUGCUGGUAAGGUAUGCUUGCCCGGCUGACAUACCCUCCUCCUCUUUUUGUAUCUUUGGAGAAAACCCCCACCAUAGGAGGCAACUUGUGUUAGAAUUCACUGCUCCGUGGCAGCAUUGGAAAUACAACAAAACUGAAUCGUCACCAUGCUUGUAACUGGAGCCGGAGGCAGUGCGUUGCAUCUGUCCAUCUGUUUGUUCAGAGGCUGAGCAGGUGCAGGGAGCUGGGCCCUCAUCAUCGUCCGUCCUGAGUGAUGAGUGUUAGGUGGUGAACAGACAGGAGAAUAUUAAAAAAAAACUUGAUGGGAAUGGAUUAAAACAUCAGGAUUUACUGUGUUAUUGGUCAUCUUAAGAAUUAAUGACGGAUAAUUCUUCUCAUCCCAUCAACCAAGAUGCACAUAUUGGGAUUAGACUGAUGUCAGGCCUGAUUGCGGCCAAAAAUUGCCUCCAACAUAAUGAGAUUCUCCCCUGAGUAUGACUAGAGUACAUGAAAAAACUGCUUUAUUUAUUUGUUAUUUUGUAUUUUUUUUUAUUAAAAGGCCUGUUGUAUUCCAGAGUUUCCCUGCCAUUAAUAUGUCUUGUGUAUCACCUUGCCUUAAAGAGCUGUUAACCUUAAAAUAACUACCACAUAGUUGACUUUUAGUUGAGGGUUUUAAUGUGGGAUCAAUUCUAAAAUUCUGGAUGUGUGAAAUGAGUCAGCAUAAAAAUGAACUGGAAUAUAAAUUGGGGUAAAAUCAACAUCUGUCCAAAAUGAUUGUGUUGGUCAACAUUCAAAAACUUCUCUAUAUCAAGUUGUGUCCAUGGAUCUCUUGCCGGAUUAUAUGAUGCUGUUGAAUGUUGAGCUAAUUUAAGGGUCCAGGACCAGAGCAAGACUGACAUUAACAGGUGAAACCUGUUCCGGUCUUAGUUAAAACAUUUUUAUUUUAGUGAUGUAGUGAAUGUAUUAUUCACCUUUAUUGAAUAUUUCCUGUUGUUUGAACACUGUAUCAAGAAAUGACUAAAUCUAUGACUAGUUUGUUUGAUACAUCUGGGACUUCAUCUCUGUAUAAAUGAACAAACAGCCAGUCUGUCAUUUUAUAGAAGCACUAUGAUAUUCAUGAAUGAGCAUGGUGGAUCUCAUCUCAUUAAAAAUAUCUUUGGAACACUAA